AUAGAGGAAUUAUAUAAAGAAUUGUGGGGCCAGAGUUCAUCCGUUCAAAUAACCAAGUUUGAAGUGGAGGUACCACAACCCGACUUUUACAGAGAUCCUGAAUACCGUGAGGCUACAGCCCGAGCACCAGUUUCCCCAUUCCAGCUUACCGCAAUAUCCCAGAAGAAAAUCUCCAAAAGGUACUUCAAAGUCAAAACCACAAGGUCAUUAGCCGCGGUGACAAUAGAUUUUAUUCUCCGUCAUGAAUAUCUUCGAAUUGAAGAGGUCCUGGAAGAUGCCCAAUCUGCGAAGUGGGCAAAUGAAAAAGGUGAAAGGCUUUCAUAUAGAGGCGUUCCGCUAGACUAUAAAGUAUCCGGGCAACCGGGCUCUGGUAUGAACCGGGUUUCCUAAUAAUGUCCUCACGACUGCUAAUAUUGAAAAGGCAAAACAACCUUCCUUGUGUACCUCCUUGUGAAGCGACUUGUCACUUGUCGCCCUACCAUAUAUCGUGUUUCGGAUGAAGACUGUUACUCUUUCGACGAAAUCCAUCGGGGCCGGCGUGUAAAUAGCCGCGAAUUGUUCAAUCUCGGAAAUAUAACGAAGCGCAACCUGUUGAACCGGGGAUCUUUCCUAUUGCUAUUUACCACUGAGUGAUGUUUUAUUUCCUUUUUCCUUUCUCGCUUUUCUCUCCGCUCCUAAUCCCUUCUUGGUAUACUUCAAGGGAUAUCUACAUUCUGCCGACGGUGGAACAUUGCUCCUUUUCCAUUGGACCUAAUGCGCAACCUUUAGGUUCUUCCGACCCGGAUGAACAACAUCUCCGGUUUGUUUAUUUGUCUAUUUUUGUGUUUCUUCUUUCAAGAUAUAUAAGGUACUACUUUCGCAUUUAGUUCAAUUCACUAAGUUGGAAAACUCGUACACUUUUAUACCUCAUUCAGAUUGCGACUACCAUCCCUCGAAACACAACCUUUGGAUCUUAACCGACGCGCCCCUUACUGAUCCCAACUGGAAUAGUCGAUGGCAUAGCUGGUUUAUCAUCCUUGCUUCAUCAGAGAAAAAGGUUGAUGCUUCCUGGGACUGGGUGAAAGCAAGAAAUCCCGGUGAAACUUUUAUGAAUAAUUGGGAAUGGGAUGAGAUAUAUGCUGCUUUCACGUAAAGUCUCUUUCUGAUCACAAUAGGAAUGUUUAUACUAAUCAUCUAAUAUACAGUUGCACCUCGCUAACCCGGAUGGCCAAAAUUCGAGGAAUUUGUCCGGUACAGCGAGGGAUCCGGGACAGCGGGUGAGGUUUUGGUGGAAAGAAAUUCAGAGUUCACCAAGAUUCAUACGGGACAGCGAGGGAUCCAGAUUAUCGAGGUCCGGGAUAGCGAGGUGUGACUGUACAACAGUCUUGACCGAACCGAUCCUACCCCUGCAGAAAUCCAAACCCUUUAUACCACCUUCAUAUGUUUAGGCCCAAUUGCUCGCACCUGCCUACUGAGUGUUCCCGCAGAACUCGGUACCACCCAAUAUGAUCAGAAAUUCUCAGCCUAUGUUCAGACUAUCGAUAUUGAAAUCCAAUAGGCAUUGUCUCAAUACAAAUUCGGUUCCCUGUCGAGUGCUGUGGGAUGUUUCAAAACGCACAAGAUUCUUCUAAUGCAUCCCUGCCGCGAGAACACCAGCUACAAGCAGGAAAUUAUGACUCAGUAGAUAGCCUGCCGAAUACUUAGUCAGGCAAACAUCGGUGUAAAAGAGCGAGGUUAUAAGAUAUUCCAAUCUCUUUGCCAGCAACCCACUCUGAGAACAUCAGCCGGGUGGUUCUUUGAGGCCUAUGCCCAUGACUGGUUGCGAAAGGGGGGGGGAUUCGAAGCAGACUGGCUUUCUCUCCAUGAUCCUCCCCAAGUACUGCGAUUUAAUAUCAAGUCCACUAGCCCCACCGAAGCCUGGUACUUUACGACGUGCAGUGAUCUGGGAAGGCAGCUCCAGGAUACCGGGAGUAAAGGAGUAGAACCUGGCCUGAUCGGGACAUAUUUUCAGCCUCGGUGCCGGACUCAGGAAUCGUUUGAUAGCCUAGUAGUGAUCAGUACUCGGACACUGAUCCUCUUUCAGAUAACCAUGGCAUUGUCACACGAAAUAAAAGUGGAUGGAGUCCGUGCUGUUCUGCUAGCAUUACCGAAGACCAUUAAAAAUGUCUUCGUUGUUUUUACUGUGCCCGAGGACCGUGUGGACAAUUACAAAUUGCCCCAAAAGGCUCCGGCAGAUGAGGACCUUACCUUUGGCACAUACAAGUACACGGUCCAGCAAUUUCGGCUCGUAUUC